AACCCGUCACCACGCUCGAGAUCUCCCUGGAGAACCCAUGUUAGCUCGGGCUGUGCGGCCCCAUCUUCAUUUUCUCUGUUCCGAUCAAAGCCACAGUUCUUCCAAUCCCCGCGACCAGCGAGCACUUCGGAUCCCGGCAAAGGACCCCCUUUUUGUUUCAAUUUUUUUAGCCGAUAUACCCGAAAUGAAGCUCGACACAAGCGGCUUCGAAGCUUUGGCCCAGCCCAGCAGAGAACUCGAUGUUCUGGCAUGCGAAUUCAGGAGCUCACCUGCGUUUGAUCUCCCUAGCUGCACUGAUUUUGAUGGGUUUCAGAAGAACGCCUUACAGAUGGUGAAGCCGGCAAAGGGAACGACUACUCUUGCAUUUAUAUUCAAAGAAGGCGUCAUUGUGGCUGCCGAUUCCCGAGCCAGCAUGGGAGGAUAUAUCUCUUCACAAACUGUCAAGAAAAUUAUUGAGAUAAACCCAUACAUGAUUGGUACAAUGGCCGGUGGAGCUGCAGACUGUCAAUUUUGGCAUAGAAACUUGGGGAUCAAGUGCCGUCUUCAUGAACUUGCAAACAAAAGAAGGAUUUCAGUGACAGGUGCUUCUAAGCUUUUGGCAAAUAUUCUCUACUCGUAUCGUGGAAUGGGCCUCUCAGUUGGUACAAUGAUUGCUGGAUGGGAUGAAACGGGCCCAGGAUUAUACUAUGUGGACAGUGAAGGUGGCAGACUGAAAGGAAAACGAUUCUCUGUUGGAUCUGGUUCACCAUAUGCCUAUGGGGUGCUUGACAGUGGAUAUCGAUUCGACUUGUCAAUUGAAGAAGCAGCAGAACUUGCUCGUCGUGCGAUUUAUCAUGCUACUUUUCGUGAUGGAGCGAGUGGUGGAGUUGCUAGCGUUUACUAUGUUGGACCUGAUGGUUGGAAAAAGCUUUCUGGGGAUGAUGUUGGCGAGCUGCACUACAAGUAUUAUCCAAUUGCCACCCCCUCUGUGGAGCAGGAGAUGGCCGAAGCACCAGUUGCUUAGGUUCCACUUCUAGCUAAUGCUGCUCUCACUGGAACUUUGGAAAUGUUGCACAUUUUGAAAAUUGAGACUAUCAGAAACUUUUGUGGUCCAUGUCUUCUACGAUUUAAUGCUCAAAUUCCUUUUUAUGACAUUUACAUCAGUUGAAAGUUCAACAAAACAUGAAUUUUACGUAUGAAGCUACAAUUUAAAUUUGUUGCAG